UGCAUUUGUCUAUAAAUUCUAAAUUACAAAAUACGUUUUUAUAAUGUGUUUUUAUCUCAUAGUUUAGAUCUAGUAAUUAGUUUUUACAAAUGACAUUAGAUCCUAGGAAGGAUGACGUGAAGUUUGAACUUCCGUUUGAUCCGUACCCCAACCAAUUAAUUUUUAUGAAAGAUGCCUACAGAUGUUUUGAUGAAUCUCUUUUCGGAUUAUUCGAAUCUCCCACAGGCUCUGGAAAAACUUUGUCAAUCCUAUGCUCAGCCCUGACCUGGCUGAAAAAUAAUAGAUCAAAAACAAUGAUGUGUGAUAUUGGUUUAGAGCCUUCUAGAGAUGAAGAAGUUCCGGAAUGGGUUUCUCAGGCCUCUUUGAACCAUAAGAAGAAGAUGGUAGAGGAUGUUAUAAAGGAUGAAGCAGUAAAGCUUGAAGAACUCAGAAAGAAAGUCUCUGACCGCCUGGAUACUUCAGAUGGUAAAUUGAGAAUAAGAGAAAACUACAAGAGAUUAUUAACUAAACCUGAAUCUGACACAACUGAAGAGAAUAAGCUUGAAAACCUUAACAAGACCCAGAUCAUAAUUUGCAGCCGGACUUUCUCACAACUGAACCAAUACGUAAAGGAGUUUAAGCAGCUGAAUACAAUAAACAGGAACAUAAGACUAGCAAUGGGUACUGGUAGAAGCCAAGUUUGUAUUAACAAACAAAUAAAGAGCAAGUGUAAAACACCAGAAGAACUGAACGACGAGUGUAGAAGGUCAAAAUGUGAAUUUAGAUCAAAUACCACAGGUCUUAGUGAGAUAGCAACUUGUUAUCCCCUUGAUUUGGAAGACUUAGUUCGUCUGGGAAAGGACUUGGGUAAUUGUCCCUACUACUCAAACUUAACAACCAUACCAAACGCAGACAUUGUCUUAGCCCCCUACGUAACAGUAAUUAAUGAGUCUUUGAGGGAGAGUUUGGGCUUAAGAAUCAAAGAUAACAUCCUCAUAUUUGAUGAGGGCCAUAACCUGACAGACGCAUUAACUGAGUCUCACGCCUCCAAACUCACAUUGACAGGACUUAAACAGCUGUUGCAUCAACUUGGUAUGUAUGUGAGCAAGUAUGGGCCAAAAUUUAACGAGUUAAUGACUCAGAGGGUUUCGGAAAUCACUAAAUUUGUAGUCACCAUUGUAGAGAACCUUUCAAAGCCGGAAUCUUCCCAAAGUCUCAAGAUCACCGCGUUCACAGUCAAAUACGCCCUUGAAGAUAUCAAGUUCCAUGAAAUACUUAACUUCCUCUCCUCGACUGAUUUCUGCAGGCACAUGAGAGGCUUGGCUGAACGUGAAUACCACUUCAGAAAAAAGAAGAACGAAACCAUAGCCUCAUACACGUCAAUGGUCUAUAACCUGAAGAACUUCGUGCACUCUUUACUCUACUGCGGUUCCAAUGACGAGGUUAUCAUUACAAAAUCCGAAGAUAUUUCAAUAGAAAUCUUUCCCGUGGCUUCAGAGGAAUUUUUCCACAAAAUCGUUGGUGAAUCUAGGUCAGUGAUUGUCAUGAGUGGUACUCUUUCUCCUAUUGAGGAAUUCUUAUCACUCGCUCCGUCAAGGGCUGAGGUUUUUAUCCAUAGAAGCCUACCAGUGUUUCCUCUAGACCGGCUGUUAUCCGCAGUAAUUCAUAAAGACGAGAAUGGUGAUGAGUUGGUUUUCGACUACUCGAGAAGGGAGAACUUGAAGGAACUGAAGUAUUUAUGUACUCUAAUGGAAAUCAUCACCGAAAUUGUACCAGGUGGAAUCGUUUGCUUCUUCUCAAGUUACGCGUACCUUGAUGUCUUUUACAAGUUCUUCCUCAAGUCAAGUUCAAGCAACAAGGUCCUGCUGAGGAAACACGUCUUCAAGGAACAAAAGAAUGUGAAUAUAUUUCCUGAGUACAGCGAAUGCUGUGCCGAGAAGGGUGCCAUACUAUUCGCGGUUUUCGGAGGAAGUCAGAGUGAAGGUGUUGAUUUUUCCGAUGAUUUGGCCAGACUCGUUCUCCUGGUAGGCCUACCAUACCCCCCAGACAACAUUAAACUAAAACUAAAACGUGAAUACUACAACAAAAAGUCAUCUGAAGCCGGUGAGCAAUCAGUAUCUGAAAACUAUUCAAAGCUUGCGAGGGAACAGAGGACACUGUUGUGCUACAAGACCGUAAACCAGUGUAUUGGAAGAGCAAUGAGACAUAGAGAUGACUUUUCUGGAGUUGUCCUGUUGGACAGCAGGUACAAGGGAAGAGAUGCUGAUAAGUACCUAACAGACUAUGUUAAGAAAUCAAUUUCUAUGAAUGAAAAUAAAACUAAUGACUUAAGGCUGAUGCUAAAGAACUUUUACCAAAAAUUCAACUAACAAAUUACAAUUCUUUACAAACAUGAUGAUAUGCUUUCUACCAUCGCGUUGAAAUCGUUAGAUCUCGAUAUUGACUCGAAAAUAGCGUUUUUACAAAACUAAAAAAAUAAUUACCUUAAAAAUAAAAAAACAGGUCAACGGAUUAGGAACCGUUCUAGCGGAUAUGGUAAAACUAGUUAAGGGGAAUUACCUUUUCAAGCGGAAGGUUCAUAAUUCCGAAGCCUCUAAUCUUAAUAUCUAUUGAUGAUGAAAAGUCAGUGACGCCCGGAUUUGAAGACUCUUCGAAAGAAGCGGAUUCAGAAUACCUAUGAAUAAAUUACACAUAACUAACAUUAUG